AUGGAUGCUGAUCAGUUGUGGACACACUUGCCAAAGGGUAUGAGGGAGACGGCAAAGGCGGUACUAGGGGAAACAAGAGGGACAGGUAGUCAGCGGAAAGGGGGUAGGGAAUCUUGGUGGAUCAGUGAAGAGGUCCAGACCAAGGCAAAGAAGAUUGUAGCUAUAGCAAAAGAAAGAGCGUACGAAGAACUAUAUAAGAAACUAGACUCCAAGGAAGGCAAAAACGAUAUAUUCAUAAUUGCUAAAGCAAGGGAGAGAAAACGUAGGGAUUUAGGAGACGUCAUCUAUAUUAAGGAUGAAAGCGGAAGAAGCAUUGUGAAGGUGGAAGACAUUAGGAAAACAUGGGAAGAGUACUUCGCCAGCCUAUUUCAUAGGAGAGAGUCGGGGCGAAGUGAAGGAGGAAUCGAUCACAGUACUCACUCAGACAUAUGCUGCGACGACGACGAUACUCCGAGGAUCAGCCAAGAGGAAGUAAGGCUCGCCCUAAAGAAGAUGGGGAGAAACAAAGCAACAGGUCCAGACCAAAUUCCUAUCGAGGUAUGGAGAUGCUUGGGAGAUGUGGGGAUAAGCUUGCUGACAAGCCUUUUCAACAAGAUUUGGACAAGUGCAAAAAUGCCAGAAGAAUGGAGACUUAGCGAGGUCAUACCUAUCUAUAAGAAUAAGGGGGACGUACAGAGUUGUAGAAACUAUAGGGGCAUUAAACUCCUAAGUCAUACCAUGAAGCUAUGGGAGAGAGUGAUAGAGAUGAGGCUUAGAAGGGUUACAAAUGUGGCAGAGAACCAAUUCAGUUUUAUGCCAGGUAGGUCGACAAUGGAGGCUAUUCACAUCACCAGAAGCCUUAUGGAGAAGUAUAGGGAAAGACAAAAAGCACUAAACUGUGCCUUCCUAGAUUUGGAAAAGGCAUACGAUGGUACAGACAGCUGA